GAAUUUUAUAAGUUAUUUUAAGCAUAAUCGUUAAUUAUGGAAAACAACACUGAUCAUUCCGAUCCCAAUAAUUUUAGCCCGUUAACUGUCCAAGAAGUAGACGUAGACUUUUUACCGAUUGUUUACGAAAUCAUACGAAGUGUCGAAAGGGACUUUCACGACAACUCAGCUAAAGCCAGAGAGUCUCAAGAUUGCAGCUUAAAGGUCUUAGAAUUACAAAAGAAGUUUGAUAUUGCGCGUUCUCAGAUUAGACGUCUCCCAGGAAUAGAAUACAACAAACAAGAUCAAUUAAAACAGUUUGAGAUUCUUCGAACUCAACUAAGACUGAAAAGAGAACUCUUACAAAAGUAUCGUAAUAUGUGCUCAUUUGAAACAUCAUUUAAAUGAUACGAAAAUGCCAUUACGAACAAUACUCAGAUAUUUAGCAAAUAAUGAACAACUUGUUCAGAAGAUUGCGGAUUCCUAUCCAGUAAGAAGAGCAGCUCAGCUUGCUGUCUCAGUCUUUUUUAGAGGGAAGGAAAAGCUGUCUACUAUGGA